AAUAAUAGUCGUAAUCAACGAUCGUUUGGCUUAAUCAGUUGGUCGGUGACCGCUACAAGUAUAGGACGUUACACACAAUCUUUAUUCAAUUUACUGCAACGUGCACGCGAUGGACAACUAUCAAAUAGUAGAUUUUAACUCGUUAAACGAAACCAUACAAAAUUUAAUUAAAGAAGCAGUCGCAGCAAGGAAAUUAGCGUACUGUCCAUACUCGAACUUCGCAGUCGGGGCAGCCCUACUCACAGAAGAGGACAACAAGUUAUAUACGGGGUGCAACAUUGAAAACGCAGCACUCGGACCUUCGAUAUGUGCAGAGCGCGCUGCCGUGCCCAAAGCUGUUUCCGAGGGAUACACUAAGUUUAAAUGCAUAGCGGUGGUUGCACAUCAAAACAAUUUCACUGCACCGUGCGGAGUCUGCCGACAAACACUAAGUGAAUUUCGUGGGUCAAACGGCGAUAUAGAUGUAUACCUGAGCAAGCCACAGAUGGAUAAAGUAUUAUGUACGAAACUAUCUGACCUCUUGCCGCUUUCCUUUAUUAGUUACACAAAGGACAGUAUUAUAACAUAGUUUUUUAAGUCUCAUAACUUUAUGAAGAUAUCAAAUUUUAAGUGCAACUCAGUAAGCGUAAAGAAUAAAUUUUAUUAAGUAUAAAAAUUUAUAUUUAUUUCUAUGUUCUGUAUUGUAUAAAUGUAACAAUACAAACCAAAGCUACAAUGGGUAUGGCGAGAGUCGCUUAUGAAUUUCUCAAUUAAAUUUUUCUCAAGUAAAUUUAUACAAUACCAAAAAGACAAAAAUAUACAUUAUACUUACAUUAACAUUUAUUCGGUUUGUGAGGGAUAUGGAAUUUGCCAUU